AUGGAUUAUGCAAUUAAUAUUGUACUGAACAAGUUCAAUAAUUUUUCAGGUAUCGAUGGAGAAUCGAUUAAAGAAUUGAUCGAAAGGUAUGUCGAGCUGUAUUGGAUAAUGGUGAGUUUGAAGAUUACCAAGACAAAUGAGGAAUGGGUUAACAAACUGGAAAAUGCUUUACCGGGUGAUGAGUGGAGAACGUUUUUGAAAGAUUUGAGGAAGAUAUACUUAGAAGUGAGUUUGAGCGAGUUUAUCGAGAAGAUUAAAGAGCGAGAACUUGAAAUUCAAAAGAUUAGAAAUGAAGCAAAAUUAAAAUCCGAAGAAAAUGUUCGAGAGGUAGAGGAGCAAGUUAAGGAGAUUUCAGCUAUUAAGGUUGAGAAGAAAGCUGAGGAUGUAAAGAUGACCAAAAAGUGUUCAAAAUGUGACAAAUUUGAAUCAGACAAUAUCAAACUGUUAAGUGAUUUAGACAAAAGCGAGCUCGGGCAUGGUGGGUUCGGGGUCGUUUACAAGGGAAAGUUAGACGAUGGCACAAAAAUAGCAGUCAAAAGAAUGGAAUAUGGUGUGAUUAGCAACAAAGCAUUAGAUGAAUUUGAAUCAGAAAUUUUACUUUUAACAAAGGUUAGACAGAGACAUUUGGUGUCACUUUUUGGGUAUUCAACUCAAGGGCUCGAAAGAAUUCUUGUUUAUGAAUAUAUGCCUCAAGGUGAAUUAAGUAAGCAUCUAUUUCAUUGGAGAAACUUAAAAUUGGAACCACUUUCUUGGAAAAGGAGGUUAAGUAUUGCAUUGGAUGUGGCUAGAGGUAUGGAAUAUCUUCAUACUUUGGCUCAUCAUAGCUUUAUACACCGGAAUCUUAAAUCGUCCAAUAUUUUACUUAACGAUGAUUUUCGAGCCAAAGUUUCGGACUUGGGACCGGUGAAACUCGUCCCGGAUGGUCGGAAGUCAAUAAUGACUCGGGUACCUGGGACGUUUGGAUACGUUGCCCCUAAAUAA